AUGCAAAUCCUGACCCAACUCUCCCGGGGCCUCGCUGCCCUCCAGCCCCUCUCUUCGACUCCCACCAGCUGCUCUGCAAGCCAGGAUGCGGUUUCCAGGGCCGUCGCUAUUGUCGAUAUCACCCAAACUAUGUCCCUCUUUGCUCUACUGCUCGACGACCACGCCUACACAGACCUUGGCCGCGUCUUCACCGUCAACGCCACGGCCGAUUUCAACGCGACCGGGAUCCCCGUCUGCGAGGGGCUGCCUGCUAUCAUCGAGCGUCUCGAGGAUCUGCGCGAUGCCUCCAGCAUGAUGGCCAUUUCCACACAGUUUGUCGAAGUGCAGUCAUCCGUAGCAGCGCGCGCGACCAGUUACGUUACCGGUAAUAUGUUUACGCCGGGCUGGACAGAGCCGAGUUUCACGGAAUAUGGAAAAUACAUUACCGAUUUUGUUCUGACGGAGGCCGGGUGGCGAGUAGACUCCUUGGUCGCCGUAGGAUGGGCUGUUUUUGAUCGGUGGGAAACUCAACCGGAACAUGCUCGCAAGGCCAAAAGUGAGCUGUAA